AUGAAACCAACACCACUCCUAGUCUCAUUCCUACUCACCACCAUUCUCCUCUUCCUCUUCCCCACCAUCACCAUCUCACUUUCUCCAUCUCUUCCCCCUACACCCUCACCCUCAUCUUCUCCAUCACCAUCAUCAUCCUCACAAUCACCAUCUUCUGCUACUCUUGAUCCAAAGCAAAUCAAGGCCCUUCAGUCCCUCCACAUCCCCACCUCAAAGGACCCAUGUUCCCAACCCUCCCUCCACAAUGCCACAUUGUGUGACUCCUCCAAACCCUUCCGCCACCUCAUUUCUCUUCGCCUCUCCAACUGCUCAAACUACCUCUCUCUCUCCUUCACAGCCCUCAAAUCACUCUCCACACUCCACACUCUCCAACUCAUCAACUGCCCCAUCACUCUCGCUCACUUCCCUCCUCAACUCACAGCCUCUCUCCACUCCUUCACUUGCAUCAACACCCUCCACAAAAUCUCUGCCGUUUUUCUCUCUCACCUCACAAACCUCACUGAUCUCACUGUUUCGAACGUUCAACUCAAAGCCUCUGCCCCUUACGUCAUUCUCUCCCACAUGACCAAGCUCAAAACUUUGACUAUUUCCCGUGCCAACCUCACAGGUUAUCUUCCGAGACAUAUCCAUUCCAACCUUACUUACAUAGAUUUUUCCAACAACAAACUCAAAGGAACAAUACCCCCUUCUAUUACCAUGCUUGAUAGUCUUGAAAUUUUAAAUCUUUCUUCCAAUGGACUCAAAGGUGACAUACCCUCUUCUAUUGGGGACUUGAUUUCCCUAAAAAAUAUCUCCUUGGCUUUUAAUUCGUUUUCAGGGUCUGUUCCAGACUCCAUUUCUGCCAUACCCGGAUUGGCUCAUUUGGAUCUAAGUUCAAACCAGCUAAAUGGUUCCAUUCCAAAAUUCAUUUCGGAAAUGAAGAACCUCAAAUACUUGAAUCUGGCUAACAACAACCUUCGUGGCGUUGUGCCUUUCAACUCCAGUUUUAUAAAGAGGUUGGAAGUGUUGAAGGUGAGUGGGAACAGCAACUUGUGCUAUAACCAUUCAGUUCUGUCUUCGAAACUGAAGCUUGAGAUUGCUCCUUGUGAUAAGUUUGGAAUGCCAGUGUCUCCUCCACCUUCGAAGCGUUCUUCCUCUGCAGAUGAUAGCAGUGAUUCGGAUUAUAACGGGAGUGAUGAUUAUGAUGAUGGUAGCAGCCACAAAAAAGAGCAUCAUCAUGGGCCCAACAAGGUGGUUCUUGGCGUGGCAAUUGCUCUUUCUUCCAUUGUCUUUCUCAUUGUUUUCCUAAUCCUAUGCUCAAAGUGCUGUCGUUGA